AGACUUUAACACAGUCUGUGUUUAACCGUCUGUCAUCAUUCAGUCAGUAUGGAGCUCAGUCAACUUCCUCUUGUGUUCUUGCUGAUUUCAAAUAUCUACUCUGAACAAACUCAAGAAAAACUGAAACCCAGAGUGAUCAUUAAACCUGAUCAACAUGUGUUCAGAGGAGAAACAGUCACUCUCAGAUGUGACAUAUAUGAUGAAGGAGUCACUAGCUGGAGAUACUUCUGGUAUAAAGAAGGUUUAGGCAGUGUUUUCAAGUAUGGACAGGAACACACAUUCAGUUCUGUUUCUGAGUCUGACUCAGGUGAAUACUCCUGUGAUAGAUUUAAUGGAUCGAAUGGG